AUACCUCAAAGACUAUUCAGCAGCUGUAAUAUAACAGAGUCGUAGCAAUAACCGACUCUUCGAUCUUGACACAAGUUUACUUAAUCAGUGGCUUCAUUUAUCGAGUUUAUACUUGCGCACUAUCGUAAAAGACACGACUUUCCGCAUGUUCGACAAAGUGGAUGCUGAAAGAAACGUGGAAUCAUGUCGCGCAAUUAGCAGUGAAUCACACGUCGCGCAUCUAAACGAUCGUAGGAGCAGUUGCGUCAAAUAACCAGCUGAGGUCGCACGGAAUUCAUUGUUUUUCUUGCAAAUCGGACAAUGGACGCUUGCUACAGCACAACUUUUUGAAAACAGCGCAAGGAUAAUUCCGACCACAAAAUGAUUGACCAACCAGCAGGUAAAGGACCGCCGAGUGCCAUUAUGCUGGUGUUCUCUGUCCUUACACAUGUUCUCUUAUUGGCACCAGUAAUAUACAUCCUGGUUUUGGCCUUUAACUCAUACAGCUUCUUCUCCUGGCAUCCUAUUUGCAUGAGCGUUGGAGUUGGUCUUUUAAUAACCGAGGCCAUAUUCAGCGUUUCUGGCGAAGCAUACCUAGGCUGGAAGGUAUCAAGAUUCAAUAGAGUGACGAUUCACUGGAUUCUGCACAUGGUGGGCCUAGCUCUGGUACUAGUAGGCUUGAUCAUCAUCGUGGUUAACAAGAUCAACAACAAUAAAGAGCAUUUCGCCACACCACACGCGAUCCUUGGCCUGGUCAGCAUUAUCUUAGCAUUCCUGACAGCUGCGUUCGGCAUCGUCACCAAAAACUCCAGAUGGCUUUACCCGCGUUUUAGGCCCGUUCUCUUAAAAAUUGUGCAUGCCUUCGGUGGUAUCCUGGUCACGAUACUUUUACUGGCGACCCUGAUCACGGGGACAUAUACGAGAUGGUGGCCUGGUGGCGACACUGGAAGAAGCCUGACAUUCACAGCCUUUUUCAUUGCCGGUUUCUUUAUAUUACUGAAGCCGGUCUUGGGCGCUGUUUCGAGGAGCAAAGUGGUUUUCGGUCCACCACCUGCUACCACGUAAUUUGAAGUAAACUGGAAUUAAGUAUGCUCUGACUGUGUUUCAGAGGAAGCGUGUUCUGUUAUUUGAUGUUGUUCAUAUUGGUGGAUUGGAUACCGAAUUUUUUCAUUGUAACGAUAUUGAUAGAUUGAUAGAUUGAAUGUCAC